CGCACAGAGGCUUACAGAGCUCGGCUGCAUCUGUGGUGAACACGCCUAAAGUAACCGUCGCUUUUGAAUGGAACAACUCAGGGAUUAACAGCGGAAAUAAGCAACGUGUUUAUAACUUGCAUGACAUGGACUCCAAACGCCAAAGUGUGGUGAUGGAGCGACUUGUCAAUGAGCUGGGCUCUCUGCUGAAGAUGCUGGACCAUGAGACGGUCAGUCCUGCUACUUCUGAAAAAAUGGCCUCCGUACGAAACAUCUUGGACUCACUCCCACUCUCAGUCAAUGGAUCAGAUGUCUACAUGAAUAGCUGUCUCUAUGGCAACGGGACCAGUUUUGUUGAGUCGCUGUUUGAGGAUUUUGACUGUGAUCUGCACAUGCUCAGUGCAUCUCCUGAGGAGCAGAAAGAUCACAAAGAGGAAGAGGCGAAGACUCACCUGAAUAAAUCUACUCCAACGGACACGCCUCCUCCUCUGCCAACCACCCCUCUUCCUGAUGACUACUAUGAGGAGGCCGUUCCCCUCGAUCCUGGAUCCACGCCUCAGUAUUUCACCACCAACAUGAACACAUCCAGGAACUCAGUGGAGGACGCCUACUAUGAAGAUGCAGACAAUAACUAUCCUGUCACCAGGAUUAAUGGACCUCCAAAAAACUCCUACAACGACUCAGACGCUCUGAGUAGUUCAUACGAGUCUUAUGAAGAAGAGGAUGAAGAGGCCAAAGGGCGGGACCAGAGGGAGGAGAGCUCGGAUGUUCCAGUCAGAGACUGUCGCAUUUGUGCCUUCCUGUUACGAAAGAAACGCUUUGGUCAGUGGGCUAAACAGCUGGUGGUUGUCCGAGAUAACAAACUGCAGUGCUUUAAGAGCAUCAAAGAGAGCACUCCUCAAACAGAGCUCCCGCUGACUCUCUGCAAUGUCAUCUACGUCCCGAAGGAAGGGCGGAAAAAGAGACAUGAGUUACGCUUCUCGCUGCCUGGAGGCGAAGCUCUGGUCCUGGCAGUUCAGAGUAAAGAGCAAGCGCAGCGAUGGCUCAAGGUGGUGCAAGAUGUUGGCAGCCAAAGUGGCAAUACUGAGGGACUGGAUGGGUCCACCUCUCCAAUUAUACAGAGGAAGCUGGAGCUUGACAAGGUUCUGCAGUGUGACAGGCAGGCAUCAGACUCAGACAGUGGGCCAACAGCAGACAAUCAGUCCACUGCACAGGGACCAGGACGGGACUGGACUGACUCACUGAACAGGGGGAAGCGAGGAGCCUUCUCUGAGCUGACGGGGUCGAUGAGCCGAGCUGCUGGGAAGAAAAUCAAUCGGAUCAUCACUUUCUCCAAAAAGAAACCUCCUUUACCAGGAGAGCCUUCCUCUUCUUCCAACCAUCAUGACAACCCACGCUGUGGAUACCUCAGCGUGUGUCUGAGCGGUUCGUGGAAGGAGCGUUGGUGCGUGGUGCGAGAUGGGAGCUUGUACCUGCAGAAGGACCCCGGGGACCAGCGGCCUCCAGUCAUCGUGGUGUCACUCAAAGGUGCAGAGGUGGUGACAGGCAGCCUUGGCCCCAAACAUCCUUUCUCCUUCUGCAUCCUGCAGGGAGGCAACGAGCUGGCAUCUUUGGAGGCCAGCUGCUCAGAGGAUCUUGGACGCUGGCUGGGUGUUUUGUUUGCAGAGACCGGCAGCACCACACUCCCUGAAGAGCUGCACUACGACUACAUCGACGUGGACACGCUCACCGAUAUCCGGCACGCUGCCAGACACUCCUUCCUUUGGGCCACCACCACCGCAGCGUCAUCCAUCAGUGCCUCGACAGACUCCAGGAUGUACGAUGAAGUCUAUGAAAGUAUUGAGGAUGGGGAUGCAGAGAGCAGACCUGGACAGAUAAGACGCCAUGCAUCAUUCUCCAGCAGGGACUCCGAAAAAACUGAACAACAGGCUGCUGUCAAGAGGCACGCCUCCAAUGUGAAUCAGUAUGGACGGUAUGGGAAGACGCGUGCAGAGGAGGAUGCCAGGCGUUACCUGAAACAGAAAGAGGAGCUGGAGAAGCAGAAGGAGGAGCUCAGAAAUGCCCUGAUUUCACUCCGCAGGGAGAAGAAGGAGGUGAAGGAGGAGAUGAAGAGCGUUACAGGUCACAGUGUGGAACAGCGGCUAGCCAAGCUGGAGACGUUGUGUAAACAGAAAGAGGAGGAGAGGGUGGAGCUGGAGCUCAGACUGACAGAGGUCAAAGAAAACCUGAAGAAGUCAUUGGCUAGAGGAGCUCUGGGCCCACCCACUGACACCAAGAUCAGUAUAAAGGCUCAGGGCAGCAAGGUUGAAAAAGUUUACAAUGGGACUGUUCCGGUCAACUCAGCAUCUGAGCUCCGAAAACGCCCUCCGUCUCUUUACGCCUCCUCAAAGGGGAACGUCAUGCAGAAGGCAAAGGAGUGGGAGUCAAAGAAGGGCACAUAAACUGAAUAUAAAAGGAUCAACAGAUUUAUUAACAGAGAAACAAAACUGGAGCUGUUACAGGAGGAUGUGUGAAAGAAGAAAUGGAUGAUCAAGCAAACUGGCACUGAGAAGGAGAAGGAGUUGAUGAAAAUGAAGAUGAAGAGAAGGGAGGAUGGGGAAGGAUGACACACCGCUGCCACUAUCUUCCCUUCUCUUACCUGUGAAGACAAAGAGGAAUAUUUGCAAGUCCAGGCAGUGCAUUGCUGUCUCAAACACUGUAAAUAUGUCUGAAAUGACUGAUGUACCAGUACAGUAUUACUGUGGAUCACUAAGAACAUGAAGUAUAUGUGUUUUUGUGAGUUUGCAUGUGUGUUUACAUUUGCACAGGGCUGCAGGAAGUAAAAAUGUGAUUUUUUUUGUUAGAGAAAUACAAAGCAAAGGGAGAGAGAUAUUUAACAAUACUGUGAGUUCAGUUACCAGCAAAAUGUCCAGAGUUUGUUCACAGAUUUUACCUCCCCUUUUUAUAGGAUGUAUGCCAACAUGAAAUGCACAAGCUAAAGAAAAUACAUUUCUAUCAAAGUCUUCUAUAUUAGUGAGAGAAUAUCACACAGAUUAUGAGGAAAGCAUACUAAGACACUGUUCCUGAAACCUAUUAGUAAAUGUGUAUUAUUCUAAUGUGAAACUGUAGGCUUUUAAACAUAAUAUAUGUGUAUUUUUAUUAUUUGCCUUCUGCACUUUAACUUGUAAUUCUAUAAAGGUCUAAGAAGUUAGCCAAAGCACCAGAGUUAGCAGAAUAAUGUGAGGAUAAAUGCCCAGGUCUGCUCUCCCUUUCUUGUGAAGAAGAUUUGUAAAAACUCACAUACUGGAGUAAAAGUCUUUGUGAAUAAACUUUUUUGUAUUG